ACAUGUGUGGAUGUGUGUGAGUCUUUCAGAACGAAAGAAAAAGAGGAGGGAGUGAAACUUUGAUCUGUCCCAGCUUUGCUUAUAUUACUUCGUGACAUUUGUGAGGAAGGCAGAAUGAGAGAUGGGGGGAGAGAGAGAGAGAGAAGGAGAAUGUAUGAGUUAUAGGAAAUACCGUUUAUAGUCACAAAACUGGAAGAAAGUUACCACAGCUAUAGUUUGGAUUCAUCCAAUUUAGUGCUGAAGGGGGAGACAACUACUGCAUACAAUGCCGUCUUUCGAUGAGGUUUUAAAAGAGGCUGGAGAAUUUGGAAGGUUUCAAAAGAAGGUCUUCUUCCUCCUCUGCCAGACUGGCAUUACCUUUUCCUUUUUAUUUGUUGGAAUUGUUUUCCUGGGACGAGAUCCCGAGCAAUAUUGGUGCAGGAUCCCUUGUGUAUCUGAACUGAAGCAGCAGUGUGAAUGGACGUUUGAAGAGGAAUACAACAUUACCAUUCAAGCCGCAAGCCUGGUGAAUUCUUCGCAAUGUGAGAGGCAUGACAUAAAGUGGAAUAACACCAGGCAUAACUGUACGUACCCACUAGCUCAUUUUACCACCAACAACUCUGCCGGUGUGUCAUUUACUGCGUGCCAGGAUGGCUGGCUAUUCAAAAAACCUCACUCAAGUAUUGCCAGUGAGUAUGACCUUGUCUGUGAGAACAAGUGGAUAGUAGACAUGACUCAGUCUGUUCUCAAUAUGGGCUUUCUAGUAGGAGGGUUUGUUCUGGGAUACGCUGCAGACAGAUUUGGCAGAAUCACCAUUUAUCUCUUUUCUUGCUUUGGGGCAGGACUAUGUGGCCUUAUAGUGGCUUUUGCACAAAACAUUGUUGUAUUUUCAAUAUUUCGCUUUCUACAAGGAAUCUUUGGAAAGGGAACCUGGAUGACAAGCUUUGUACUGGUAACAGAGCUGGUUGGUUCAGAUCACCGAAGAGUCGUUGGAAUUGUAAUACAGAUAUUCUUCACACUCGGAGUUGUGAUUCUUCCUGGAAUUGCUUAUGUGAUUCCCACAUGGCAGGGGAUUCAGCUAGCUACCACGCUCCCCAACUUUCUUUUCCUACUAUAUUACUGGCUGGUCCCUGAAUCUCCACGAUGGCUGAUCACUCGCAAAAAAGGCGAGAAGGCUCUGCAGAUUAUGCAAUCUUUUGCCAAGGAGAAUGGACGAAGCCUUCCAGUACAUUUUUCAGAGAUCACCGUCUCUGAUGAAGAAGUGAGCAACCCCUCUCUGUUGGAUCUCGUUAGGACUCCGCAGAUGAGAAAAUUCACUUUGAUUCUCAUGUAUGCCUGGUUCACCAGCGCAGUAGUUUACCAAGGGCUUGUGUUGCGUCUGGGACUCAUAGAAGGGAACCUGUAUUUGGACUUCUUCAUCUCUGCAGUGAUAGAAUUGCCUUCAGCCUUCUUAAUCUUAGCGACCAUUGACCGACUUGGCCGGCGUCCCCUCUUUGCCUCAGGAACCCUCGUGGCAGGGGUUGCGUGCUUAAUCACAGCAUUUUUACCAAAAGAUAUACCAUGGUUAAGUACAAUGGUAGCCAUCUUGGCAAGAUUGGGGAUCACCAUCACUUUUGAACUUGUAUAUCUUGUGAAUAGUGAACUGUAUCCUACAGUUUUCAGAAACUUUGGUGUUUCACUAUGUUCAGGAAUGUGUGAUAUAGGGGGCACGGUAGCCCCAUUUCUGCUUUAUCGAUUAGCAGCCUUCUGGUCAGAGCUUCCUCUGAUUAUCUAUUGCAUACUUUCUCUUCUCUGUGGGAUUCUGGUGUUACUUUUACCUGAGACCAAGGGGCAGCCCUUACCAGAGACAGUGGAAGAUGUGGAGAAAAUGUCAAGUUUCAGUGUCUGUUGUGAAAAAAAGAAGCAGCAAAAUUCCAGCAAAGAAGUUUGAUCUUUUGCUAACACUGCAAAGCCUCAUGAGCUACCUGGUUCUCAACUACAUGACCAUUGGACACCAUCUUCCUGUUAAAGAAGAUGGAUUCAAUUAUGUCAUAAGCCUUAAAAGAUCCAUUUUAUAAAGUAAGCAUAGAAUUUUUCUAUGGGGUAAAUACGAACAUAUUUUCAGAACCUAUUGUUUCCAGAUAGGGAACUAUUAUAUGCGGCUCUCAUAGAAGAGUAAUCACUUCCAUUAAAUAUUUUGUUUUACUAUGGGAUCUUGGUUUUUUUUAUAUAUAUGCUUGGCCUAUCUCCUUUAUCUUUACUAAUUUGCAACACAGUUAUUUCAAAGUAUCUGGAAUCAACCAGAAACCAUUUGAUUCAAUGGAACAGGAUCAGAAUGGAAUGUUAAAAACAUUUUCAAAGAAAUAUGUUCCUUAUUUGAAAGGUAAAUAUAAGUAAGAACAUUCCUACAAGAAAUGUAGGAAUUAACUCUUCUUCUUACGGACUCAGGACAACAAGCACAUGUAUAUCACCUCAUGGUAAUGCUGUGGUACAGAUGAGACUAUAAGAUUGUUUCUUGACCCACACUCCAUGUACUGGUCUAAUUGACUGUAAUAAAGUAAUUGAAAUUGAUUGACCCACACUCCACAGGGAUCUUCAGGUUGGCCUGGGGAUUAGAAACCAUCUUUCUAUCUACUGCAUCAUGUUUAUCCUCCACAGGGUUAGAAUUAAAUUCUGGUACUGACUUAAAUUGCUAACCUGCCUCUUGAUACAGCCAAGUUCCAGAGAUUAACCCAGUCACAGUUAGAGAAGUUAAAGAUGUAAAAACUUUGCAGGUGCUGUUAAUACUUAGAUUUACACUGGUUCUUGAGAUUUUUGUAUGGGGUUUUUGUUUUGUUUUUUGGACUUCCUAUUUAACCAGUUAGAACACACAUCUCUAUGUGAGGGGGUUCACCUCUUCCCAGAACCUUUUACAAUGGUAUGUUGGGAAAAAUGCAAUUGUUUUUGGAAACUCCAAUUAAAAGGCAUUGAGAUACGUUCCCAUUGUAUAGGAGGAAUGCUGUUGUUUCUCUUAAGUUCCACCUACUCAGCAAUCUAUGUUCACCACUCUCUGUUAGAAAUGAGAGACAUAAACUAGAUAUGAAGUGACGUAAAUGUAUAGAGGUUGUGCAUUUGCCAUCUUUGGAGGUUUUUAAGAGGCUGGGCAGCUACCUCUCAAGGAUGAUUUAACUGGUUUCUUGCACACUGCAGUCUUUCCAGCUUCACAUUAUCUGGGAAGCAGACACAGGUUGGGGCAGACAGACAUCAGGAUCACAUAGCAAAUAUGGAGGGAGGGGGGGCGGAAUUUACUCUUUACUUUUUCACCAUGCUGCAGAAGAAAUUCCUUCCUUUAAUGGUUUUACUUGCUUUGGGCAAAAGUUCCUCCUGAAGCAAAAGCUCUUUCAGAUUUUUCACACAUAUAUAACUAACACUGUUUACAUUAUAGCUGUACACUGAAUACAAAGCCAGAUUAAAUCUCCUCUGGUUUCUCUUUGAAGAUAGAUUUACUGCUCAGAGCAGAAGAGAAUUUGCCUGUUAUUUUCUCCUCCCACACAAUUUGGUCAGAAAUUACAGAUUGAUGAUCAGCUGGCUUUGCCUGGAGAAAAGUAGAUGGCUAAGCAUUGUGUCUACAAGGAUAUAAUCUUAAAUACUGAAUAGAAGAAAAAGAGAGUACAUUUUAGACUAAACAUACAUUCUAGUGAUUAAGCGCUUUGGAACAAAAUGGGUAUGAAAGAAUGUGAUUAUAUAGCAUCUUUGUAAUAAUAUUCACUCCUAAGGCACUGUACAGGUUGAUCACAUAUUCCAAAGAGAUGCAGCAAACCCAGGUGGCCUAGACUUAAAGCAAUACCAUCUUAAGUCCUAUUAGAAUCUAAACAGUGGUCUCAGUCCAGCCAAUAAAAAGCUUCUGAUAGUUGCAUUGAAUCAGAAACAGGCAACUUUUUGGAGCUUCCAGUGAGGAAUUAUGGCGGACUGGAGAAAGGAGUGGAGAGACACCACAACCAAGAAUGCAGGCUAGAAGGUGGAUGCCAGCCAGCAAAAUCUCCCUGGAUCAAAGGGAGAUCAUGAGAUAAGCCAUUUGCACUCCGGAUGGUGGCUCCUUGUGAGUGUACUGCAGAACUGGAGUUGCCAGGAGUCCCAGGAUUCCAUCUACACUCACAACUGCAGUAUAGCCUAUAUGGACAAUGAACCCCGCCAUCUUCAUUUCUUAACCCCCUUUAGGAAAUAAUUAAUCUAUAGAUAUAAUUGGAGGACUUUACAUAAUAAAACAUACAGUAAUGUCCUAGACUGUGACAUUUUGUUGCCAUGGUGAUGUGGUUUGUGAUAUAGAGAGACUUCCUUUGCAAAAAGGAUAAGAUUCCUUGUGGUGAGUUAAACCUUCUUUCGGGAUUGCAAAAAUAAAAAGACUUUUAGGAUUUAAAGAUUCAAGAACUUUUUGCAAAACGCUUAACAAAGAGAAGAUUUAAGAAACUUUUCAAAUGGCAAAAGGGGCAGUUAUUUUUCUAUUUUUUAAUUAUAUCUAUUAUUUUUAUUUUUGAUGAAAGUCCUUUGGGAUAAAGUUGCUAGUAAAGAGACCAGUCCUUCAUGGGAAUGCUUUUUGUUUACUGUUAAAAAGUGCAUCUAUAAUGGCAACUCCUAGAAAAAUGACAAGAGACAGUAGGAAGGGAUGGUUAGAGCAGCCUGCAGAGAAAACAGUUACAGCAGAUCUGCUUCAGAAAUUAUUUAGCAAGAUUAGUAUAUGCUCAAAAGUAGAAAGGUUCGGCAUUUCUCACAUGGAGGAAUGGUUGGUGAAGAUGAUGGACCUUGCAGAGAUGAUUAAACUGACUUCC